AUGGCUUUUUCAGAUUGUUGGGAUGAAAUCUCGAGUGGAAGAAGUAGAACAGAUUUUGGAUUUGAGCUCAGACGAUGAAGUUCAAGGUAUAGGCAUUUGUGGUAUGGGCGGAUCAGGGAAGUCAUCCAUUGCUUUAGUUCUAUAUCUUAAGAUCCUUCACUUUUUUGAUUCUUUUUGUUUCCUUCCUAAUGUGAGUAGACGUUUGAAGCAUGGUGACUUAUCUUUGCAAGAACUCAUUCAUAGAAACUUGGAGACAGCAGAUUUUUGUCUUAUGUAUCCUCAAGGCGAAGAGUUCUUGAAAAGAUUAAGAAAACACAAGGUUCUCAUAGUUCUUGAUGGUGUAGAUCAUGUGCAAGAUAUUGAGGAAUUGAACUUGAUUGCAAAAUCUAUUUGUUUUGGCAGAGGGAGUAGAAUCAUAAUAACAACAAGAGAUGUACAAGUCCUUGAAAUGUCUGGAGUUGAGAAAAUUUAUAGACCUAAAUUGUUGUCUAAGAAGGAAGGUUCUAUAAUAUUCCGUUCUAUAGCUUUUCCAAAGGAUUAUCCUGUUAAUGAUUUUCAAGAGAUGAUAGACAAGGUAUUGAAAUAUGCUAAUGGGCUUCCACUAGCAAUUGAAAUAUUGGGUUCAUUCUUUUUUGGAAAAAGCGUGGCAGAAUGGAGAAGUUUCUUGGAUAGAGAAGAAAUUAUUCCUCCCCAUGAGAUCAUAAUAGUCCUUAGAAAAAGUUUUGAUGAACUUGAUCAUAGGAGUAAGGAAAUCUUUUUGGACAUAGCAUGUUUUUUUGCAGGAAAGAAUGUUAAUUGUGUGAAGGAAAUUUUACAUGAUUCUGGUUUCCUGCCGAUAUAGGAAUCAAACUUCUUAUUCAAAAAUCACUUAUUACAAUUGCAAAUCAAGGAAUACAAAUGCAUGGAAUGUCACAAGCAAUGGGCGAGAAAUUGUUAGACAAGAAUGUCCAAAUCAGCCAGAAAAACGCCGUCGGUUGUACCUUUUCAAUGAUAUCAAAUAUGUUAUGGAGAAAGAAAGAAACAUGGUGAUAAAAAAUGUUGAAGCUAUAGUCUUGGAUUUGGAAGAGCCAAAAGGGGUUACAUUGAGGAUCGAAGCUUUAUCACAGAUGAUCAACCUCAGAUUGCUCAUAUUUCGUAAUGUGCAUUUUUCUGGAACCCUCGAUAAUCUUUCGAGCAAGUUACAACAUGUUUCAUGGCAUCAAUAUCCAUUCACUUCUUUGCCAUCGAGUUUUCAGUCUGAUACACUUGUUCAAUUGAUUAUGCCUGAUAGCAACGUCACAGAAGUGUGGAAGGGCAAAAUGGUGAUGUUAAAGUUCUUUUAUUUCUUCAAUAUUCAAAUCAUGCAUGCUUGAUAUAGAUCAUAUACCAUCACCUAUAUAUUCAUAACUAAUUAUUUCCACUAUCAAAAUUUUGCUCAAUGAC